UGUUAUUGUUCAUGAUGGAUUUGAUUGCAGCUAUAUUAUUUUAUAAAUGUGAUCAGUAAUCUGGAACUAGGCUCAAGGGAAACAGUGAAUGGCUUCUUGGAAGUUUGUGGGAAGAGAAUUAUAAACCGAGUCUAUCAAUGAUUUACAGACCCAGACCAUGCAGUCCAUUGAAAUGACUGGUAUCACGCAACAGAAAUCUGUUUUCCUUCCCCAGAUGGAUGGACUGCCCCUUCAGGCUCCGCUCAGACCCCUUAGGCUUUUGGUUGUCUAUCUUCACCUAAUACAUUCUUGUAGAGGUCAGUCUCAGUUAAUUGGUCCUUCUCAGCCAAUAGUAGCAACAGUUGGCGAUGACGUCAUUUUACCAUGUAGCCUGGAACCGACCGAGGAUGUUGCUGCCAAGACUUUGGAGUGGACGAGAUCUGACUUGAAUCCUAUAUUUGUCCUUGUGUGGCGUGCUGGUCAGGACUACGUACAAAUUAAACAUCCAUCUUUCAAAGGACGGACAUGGCUCUUUCCUGAUGAGCUGAAACACGGAAACAUUUCACUGAAACUGUCCAAAGUGAAACCUUCUGAUGCGGGGAGAUACAAAUGCUACAUUCCAAAGCUGAACACAGAGUAUUUUGUUGAUCUUGUUGUUGCAUCAGGUGCCGUUUCCUUGCCUGUCAUGAGUUUAGCAGGAAUUGAUGAAGCCACCAGAGGAGUAGUUCUACAGUGUGAGUCUAAAGGCUGGUGUCCAGAACCUGAGGUGUUGUGGCUGGACGGUGAGGGAAACCUCCUCUCUGCUGGACCUACAGAGACAGCCAGAGGUCCCGAUGAUCUCUAUACUGUCAGCAGCAGAGUGACUGUGGAGAAGAGACACAGCAACAGAUUCACCUGUAGAGUCCAGCAGAAGGACACCAACCAGACCAGAGAGACAGAAAUCCAUGUUACAGAUGAUUUCUUUGAGAUCCAGUCCAGUUCUUCUGUUCCCAUCAACACUGGCUUGGCUGUUAGUUUGGCUGUUUUUGUCAUCCUGUUUAUUAUGUUACUUCUCUUUUCUGUGUGGAAAUGGAGACAAAACAAAAUCAACUCAAAGAUAAGCCACAGGGAUGUAACUGGUCCGUCUGUCACUGCAGAAGAAGCCGAGGCUUUGACAGGAAAAAAGGAAAAGAAGAUCAAACUUUUGAAGAAGCAGCUCCAGGAUGAGCAGAAGAAGAAAGAGGAAGCUGAGAAAGCUCUGGAGGAGCUGAUGGCCAAAAAUAUGGAGGAACAUGCAAGCGGAGUUGAAUUGAGGGAGCAUGAAGAUUCUGAGUACAAGGAGGACAAGACGGGCUCGGCCAAUCAGAGCUCAGCAACGGGACCUGUCAUUGUUCAUGAGGUUGGGCGAAAUGGCAACUAUAUCCGUCUCAGAAACACGUUGAGUGAGGACCAACAAAUGGGAGAAUGGAAUUUAGAAAUGCAGAUCAACGACACACAACCCAUCACAUACACAUUUCCGAAAACAUUCAAGCUCAAGGCUGACAGAAUCAUCACAAUUGCUGUCCCAGGUUAUGGUAGCCUUCAAUGUCCCACUGAUCUUAUAUGGAGGGAGCUGAAGUCCUGGACCCCCGGAGACAAACUCAAGUUCACCCUCACCAGCAACAAGGGAGAGAUCAAAUCAACUCAGUUCAUAGUCUCUGGAAGAUAAUAAUUAGCCUGCUGUCAUACUAUUUUUUUACCUUACCUUUCUGCUCCUUUAUACUACAAUAAUCUCCCAUUUAGCUGCUUCGAUUAGCAACAGAAAGCUCCAUGGAAAACAUUAUCACAUUAACACACGUUACACACCAGAAACAUCAUGACUCAGAUCUUCCUGUAAAAACACAGAUUGUAGUGAUGCUCUGUCAUCAUGAUGUCACAUCUCUCUUUAAUCUGAAAUCAACUAAAGAAGAACAUCAUGAAUAUUAAAUCAAACACUAUGUUUUUGUUAUUGUGGUAAGUUCAGCAAUUCAUAAAAUGUUUUAUUUGAAAUGUGGUAACAUCUGCCUCUUCCUAUUUGGACACAUUACUGAAAAACACUCUUCAUUAUGAAGACAAAAUAUAAUUCUAAAAUCUCAAAUAUUGAACGGUUAUGAAGACAAACACAAAAACAUGUGAGCUAACAUAACUCAGGGAUUUCUUUUUGCAUUUUUAUCUGAAUUG